AUGUCUCCUCUCGCGCCCACAGACGAGCCAAAACCCAUUGUAUUCUCCGGGCCCUCGGGGACUGGCAAAAGUACUCUUAUAAAGCGACUCUUCGCGAAACACCCCGAUCUCUUCGGCUUCAGUGUCUCCCACACCACUCGAAAGCCCCGACCGGGCGAGGAAGAUGGCGUCCAUUACUACUUCACAACCCACGAAAACUUCCAGUCAAUGAUCGCAGACAAUGCGUUCGUGGAGCAUGCCAAAUUUGGAGGUAACUGCUACGGCUCCUCGAAGAAGGCCGUCCAAGAUGUGGCCGAGGGAAAAGGCAAGAGCAUUGAUGGCACCACGGCUCCUGGCAAGAGGAUAUGUAUAUUUGACAUCGAGAUGGAAGGCGUCAAGCAGUUGAAGAAGAGCCAGUUGAACCCAAGGAUAUGCUUCAUCCAACCGCCCAGUAUCGAGGUCCUGGAGCAGAGACUGCGUGGUCGUGGUGACACAAGCGAAGACGCGAUCCAGAAGCGUCUAGCACAGGCCAAGAAUGAGAUGGAGUAUUGCAGGACCGAGGGCAAGAACGACAAGGUCAUCAUCAACGACGAUCUGGAUGCCACGUUCCAGGAACUCGACGAAUGGGUGAUGAAAGGACUCGGGACAGAAGCCUCAACUUGA